UCCUUCAAUACACCUCGCACCGAUUGUGUGGCCCUUCAUUUUCUUCUUUUCAAACACCUUGCACCCUUCGCAGUAACACCAUUCUGCCAACGAAUAUCCUUGUCUCGCUCGCCGUACUGGAUAGGGAAACUUCAUCUAAAUUUUCCUCUACAGGGUGCGUGAAUUGCUGACUGAAGGAUGCUAGCGGUAGUGCGAAGGAAAGAACCAUUCGGGCAAGCUGCUACCACUCACACCAAUCGUGCCGUGAUCGAUGCAGAGGAGGACCGUUUUCCAGCGAAAAGUUUCUCCCUCGGCGGAAGGGAUGAGACACAGUGCACAGAUGCGAGGAUAUUAAAAAUAAUGCUACCGUUCGUAGAGUUUUCCAUUUUCACCGCACGUUCAUUCGGUGUUCCGGUAGGAAAUAUUAAAUUCAGUCUGCAUGCAACCCCGUCAGUCAGUCGGCGACGGUCGACCGAUGCGGGAUAGUGCUUUUGUCGGUCUGAAAUGGUGCGCAAAUCUUUGGUGUGUUAAGCUUUUUCCAAAAGCACCAAUCCGUUGUGAUUGAGUUUGUGAAGGAAUUGUGCCUGAACUGCAUUUAUAGCUGGGUAAUAUAAUGUGUAUGAAAUAAUUAAUAUAAAUAAGUGUGAAAAACAAAAGAAAGUGUAUAUAAAACCGAAGAACGGAUUAGUUAAAACAAAAAGUGAAUAAAAACAUAUUGGAACAAUAGCACACACAAUGGAACCACCAUUCCCGCCGGAUGUGGCACCUUUCACGCCUAUCUGGGGACAGGAAAAUCCGUCACCGAUGGUACACUAUCCGGAACUGAUGGCUGGAUUUCCUUGCGCUGACUUAGCUAUCUGGCCCCGUCAGCAGGUCGGUAGCUUCGUCAGCCAACGGCUCUCACCGCGUGGAGCACAACCGGCACCGAGCAGUGGGUCGACCAAGAAAACACGCCGCCGGGUAGCGUCGAUGGCACAGCGCCGUGCGGCCAACAUACGCGAGCGGCGUCGUAUGUUCAACCUGAACGAAGCCUUCGACAAGCUGCGCCGCAAGGUACCGACAUUCGCGUACGAGAAACGGUUGUCCCGCAUCGAAACACUGCGCCUAGCGAUCACGUACAUUGGCUUCAUGUCGGAGCUGCUGGCAGGGACGCCAACGCACGACGGCCGGUCGCCCGAGCUGUAUCCGAGUGUGCUGGCCGCGACCGCACACCAUACAUCCCAUCACCAACACCACCACCAUCAUCAUCAUCACCAUCAGCAGCACAACAACCAUUCUUCACAACAUCAGCAGCAACAGCAACAGCAGCAAUCGCACCAUCAUGCACAUCUUCAUCACCAACAGCAACAUCACAGCCUUCAUGGAUCGACGACGGCACCAGCGUCCGCAGCAGCGGGAGCAUCGGCAUCCGCACACCACAUGCAUCAUCACCCUUCGCUACAACGGGCGGCCGUGGCUGCGGCUGCAGUUGCCGCUGCUGCUGCUACUACUACUGCCGGUGGUACCGUCAAUGGUACCGAGUACCAUCCAGCAUACGGUACCGGAACCGUACCGCACCAUGCAGUUUGAGCGCGUGGCUGGUCCCGAACUGGCCAGCACGCCGGCGCGGAUAGUUGAAUUGAAGGGAUGCUUUGUGACGAUUGACAAUAUUGUUGAUGCUGAAUUGUUGGGGUGUGUUGGUUGGAGGCCCAGCAUUACAAUUGAUUACGGAAGUGAACGAUUGUUGACUGACGACGAUACCAACAAAACUUAUGCAUUUGCACACAGCGA